AUGGAAGGGGCGCUCACCGCCAGAGACAAGGUCGGAGUGCAGGACUUUGUGCUAUUGGACGCUUACACCAGCGAGUCCGCCUUCCUGGAGAAUCUUCGCAAGCGUUUCAGAGAGAACCUCAUCUAUACGUAUAUCGGGACGCUGCUUGUGUCUGUGAAUCCGUACCAGGAGCUGGGAAUCUACACUGCCAGCCAGAUGGAACUUUAUCAAGGGGUCAAUUUCUUUGAACUACCACCACAUGUCUACGCCAUCGCCGACAACGCCUACCGCAUGAUGUGUUCAGAGCUCAACAACCACUUCAUCCUCAUUUCUGGAGAGAGCGGGGCUGGGAAGACGGAGGCCUCCAAGAAGAUUCUCCAGUACUUCGCAGUGACCUGUCCAAUGACGGAGUCCCUACAAAUAGCCCGAGACAGACUGCUGCUCUCCAUCCCAGUUCUGGAGGCUUUUGGAAAUGCCAAGACCCUCCGUAAUGACAACUCCAGCAGAUUUGGGAAGUACAUGGACAUACAGUUCGACUUCCAGGGCGUUCCUGUAGGCGGCCAUAUCAUCAGUUACUUGAUCGAGAAAUCCCGAGUCGUCUAUCAAAACCACGGCGAGCGGAAUUUCCACAUCUUCUACCAGCUGCUAGCGGGUGGUGAAGCGGGGCGCCUCGCUUCCCUGGGACUCGAGCGAGACCCCCAGCUGUACAAGUACCUCUCACAGGGUCACUGUGCCAGAGAGUCAUUCACCAAUGACAAGAAUGACUGGGAAACCGUGUGCAGUGCCUUCUCCGUCAUUGGUUUUACUGAAGCCGACCUUGAGAACCUCUUUGGGAUCAUUGCUAGUGUCCUACACCUGGGCAACAUUUGUUUCAAGGGGAACAAACAAGGCUGUGCCAGUGUCCCGGAUACCCACGAAAUCAAGUGGAUUGCCAAGCUCCUGGGAGUCUGCCCAGCUGUUCUUCUGGAAGCUCUCACCCACAGAAAGAUUGAAGCCAAAACAGAGGAGGUGAUAUGUCCAUUGACCGUAGAACUCUCUGUUUACGCCAGAGAUGCCAUGGCAAAGGCUGUUUAUGGGCGGACAUUUACGUGGCUGGUCAAUAAAAUCAAUUCUUCCUUAGUUAACAAGGAUUUCACCCAAAAGACCGUGAUCGGGUUGUUGGACAUCUAUGGCUUUGAAGUCUUUGACAAGAAUGGUUUUGAACAGUUUUGUAUAAAUUACUGCAAUGAGAAACUACAGCAGCUCCUGAUAGAGAGGACGCUGAAGGCAGAACAGGCCGAGUACGAAUCUGAAGGCAUCGAGUGGGAGCCUGUCCAGUACUUCAACAACAAGAUCAUCUGUGAUUUGGUAGAAGAGAGACACAGAGGAAUCAUCUCGAUUCUGGAUGAAGAAUGCAUCCGUCCAGGCCCCGCAACGGACUUGAGUUUCCUGGAGAAGUUGGAGGAGAAAGUGGGCAAGCAUGCGCACUUCCAAACGUGCGUACUUCCAAGCAUGCGCACUUCCAAACAUGCAAGAAAGUGGGCAGGCAUGCGCAUUUCCAAACGCGUGAGAAAGUGGGCAACCAUGCGCACUUCCAAACGAUUCUUGGAGAAAAACAAUGAUCUGCUUUAUAGACACCUGAAGGAGGUGCUGUGCAGCUCCAAGAAUAGCAUCCUGAGGGAAUGUUUCCUGGUGGCGGAGCUUGAAAAUCGGAGGCGACCACCCACGGUUGGGACUCAGUUUAAGAACAGCCUGAGCAGCCUCCUGGAAAUUCUCAUCUCCAAGGAGCCUUCCUACAUCCGCUGCAUCAAGCCCAAUGAGAGGAAGGAACCCAGCAGAUUUGAUGACUUCCUCAUCAGCCAUCAGAUCAAGUAUCUGGGGCUAAUGGAGCACCUGCGUGUGCGGCGGGCUGGCUUCGCCUACAGGCGCAAGUACGAGCAUUUCCUGCAAAGGUACAAGUCACUGUGCCCAGACACCUGGCCGCACUGGCGUGGACCCCCAGGAGAGGGCGUCGAGCGGCUGGUCAAGUAUAUUGGCUACCAACCUCAGGACUACAAGUUAGGAAAAACCAAAAUAUUCAUUCGCUUCCCCAGGACCCUGUUUGCUACUGAAGAUGCCUUUGAAUUCAGUAAACAUCAACUAGUGUCAAGAAUCCAGGCCACAUACAAAGGCUGCCUAGGAAGAAGGGAAUACGUGAGGAAGAGGCAAGCAGCCACCAAGUUAGAAGCCCACUGGCGUGGAGUCCUGGCUCGGAAGGAGAUCAAGAGGAGGAAGUGGGCGGUGCAGAUCAUACGCAGAUUCGUCAAGGGUUUCAUCAACCGUGACAAACCCCUUUGUCCUGACAACGAGGAGUUCGUCGUGCUUGUGAGGAAGAACUACAUCCUGAAUCUCCGCUACCAUGUGCCGAAGAACGUGCUGGACAAGAGCUGGCUGAGACCUCCGGGCAUCCUGGAAAAUGCUUCCAAUCUGCUCAGGAGGAUGUGCGUGAGGAACCUGGUUCGGAAGUACUGCCGUGGGAUCUCAGCCGAGAGGAAAGCCAUGAUGCAGCAGAAGGUGGUCACGAGCGAGAUAUUCCGGGGGAGGAAGGAAGGCUAUGCAGAGAGCUUAAACCAGCCGUUUGCCAGCAGCCGGCUGGAUGAAGGCAAGAUAAAUCCCAAAGUGCUUCAAGUGCUCGGCAGUGAGAAAAUCCAGUAUGGUGUCCCGGUCAUCAAGUAUGACAGGAAAGGCUUUAAGGCGCGGCAGCGGCAGCUCCUCCUCACGCUGAGGUCGGCAUACGUGGUGGAACUUUCCAAAAUCAAGCAGAAGAUAGAGUACUCGGCCCUGAGAGGUGUCUCCAUCAGCAGCCUUAGUGAUGGAAUCCUGGUCAUUCACGUCUCACCAGCGGACAAACAGCAAAAGGGGGAUAUCAUCCUGCAGUGUGAACACAUAUUUGAGGCAGCCACUAAGCUCGCCAUGCUGGUUAAGAAGGAGCAUGUCGUCCGUGUCGUCCAGGGAAGCCUACAGUUCCACGUCGGCCCUGGGAGAGAAGGCACGAUAGUUUUUGAGGCUGGAGAGGAAGACCAAGUCUAUAAGGAUAAAAACGGACACUUAAGAGUGGUGUCAGCAGGGAAGAAGACCUGA